AUGUCUGCGCCCACCGGCAUCACUGUCUCUCCAGAGCUUGCUUCUGCAUUCUCAGACGCUGUCGACUCCAACAACAUUCGCUUCCUCAAGGUCUCAAUCGAGAAUGAAUCCCUCGUGCCCAGUGACGCGGUCGCCCCCUCUGGUACGCUAGAAGAGGAUUUGGACAAACUCGUCGACAUUCUGGAGGACAACGUGCCGGCAUACAUCCUUGUUCGGCUGGAUGAUCCUCCGACAGAAUGGCUAGCCAUAUAUUAUGUACCGGAUAAUGCCAAAGUCAGGGAUAAGAUGUUGUAUGCUGCUACGCGCACGACCCUCACCAAGAGCCUCGGAUCGGCGCACUUCACGGACAACAUCUUCGCGACUUCGAAGGACGAUAUCGGCGCAGGAGCAUACGCGAAGCACAAGCGUCAUAUUGCCGCGCCGCCUCCGAUGAGCGCCAGAGAGAAGGAGAUGGAAGCCGUUAAGGCAGCAGAGCGCGAAGCGGGAGGAAGAAUCUACGAAGGCAGUCGGGCAAGGCAGAGCCAUGUUGGCCAGGGUGUUGGCCUGAACUGGACAGACGAGGCUGCGAAUGCAAUCAAAGAGCUCGGCGCGGCAGAAGAUAGCCGUCUUGUGGUCCUUUCGAUUGAUCCCGCUACGGAAUCCUUGCUGCUCACCUCUGCGCAGGAGGUUGACGUCUCUGGCCUCAGCAGCGCGCUUCCGGCCUCCGACCCUUCGUACGCAUUCUUCGCCUGGCCACAGAACAUUACGUCGCCCCCACGCAGGGAUGUUGUCCCAAUCUACUCUUGCCCGUCCGCCUCGGCAGUGCGACACCGUAUGCUGUACUCCAGUGCAGUUCUUUCCGUAGUGCGCGAAGUCAAGGAACUCUUGAGCUCGUCGGGAAGCAGUUCUACCAUCGCAUCGCGGAAGGUCGAGACGUCAGAUCCCUCGGAGCUAGAUGAGAAGUACCUCAUAGCCGAGCUUGGACUUUCAAGCACCGGUGCGUCCGCGGCCACGGCAGGCGUUCCUACGGAGGGUUCGGACAAGAAGCCGUUUGCGCGGCCGAAGGGUCCCGGCAGAAAACGGUGAAGGACGGUCAUCGCCGAUGUGCAUAACGAAGAAGAUCAAAGCAGAAGGAAGGAUGAAUCACCUAGGUCGUACGAAUGGAUUGCGCUGGUGUUUGAAGGGUUAUAUGUACAGUGGCCUACAACGACCCAAACUAUUAGUCCCAAACGUCCUAAAUCUGCCUACGGUGUAUGUAAAACAGUUUACGCGGA